UUUUUUUUUUGAUCAAGGAAAGACUCCUGAAGCAGAGUUUGUUACAUACAUAGCAAAGACUGAUUUUGCCACUGAAUCAGCUUCGGAAUUGAAGUUGCGAGAAAUAAAAUGAAAGGAAAUAACAUCAAAGAGAGAGAUAAAGCGAUAGAUAUCAAACAUGAUACCGAAUAGUUCAAAUUGAUACCCUCUCGUCUUCGGCAAAUUGAUUAGAGAUAGAAAAUCAGAUAAAACCACCAAGGAUUGGACGUUUGAAUACACAGUCAAAGAUACCACCCGAUGGACAGCAAUGGCUUCUGUCAUUAAAGCUGACGAAACAUGGAUGAAGGAUUCAGCUACGGUGGGGAGAGGACGCACAGCCUCUCCAGUGAAGAUCCCUACUAUCCCACAUCGUCCGGAGUUGGUGUCCCACGCCGCAUCUACUUUACACACAAGACUCCCAGGCUGGAACGUCGGAGGAGGACAAGUCGCACCAUAGUGAGACCUGUUUGGAUAGUGGAGCUGCAUUCUUGUUGUUAGGUUGAGCAUCAUUCCACUCCUUAGUAUCUUUAAUGCUCUUGAGAGAAAUCUCUCGUGCUGUGAAGGCUUUAUUUCUCAAAGACAAAAUAAUCCUCAUAGAGCCGAAGCAUAAAACAACAACAUCAUGACGUUAUGUAUGAUCUUUCCCACCGAGGAUUGAACUUGCGAUCCUUCGGACGUUAUGGGUAAGGUUGCUUGAUUUCUCAUUUGUCCAAGCAAUCAAAUCAAGUCAAGCUUCCAAAACACAUUCCCAAAGUAGUUCUCUGAUCUUCCCUCUGAGCAAUGAGCAAAACUCAACACUUCUGGUCUAAAUUCAACUCUAAGGAUACCAUCAUCCCAAAGCAUCUCUCAUGAUCAGAGCUUAAGAAAAAUAUCCCCUCCAAUAUUGCUUACUCUUUGAACUACCAUUCUCAUUGACACAUCGGGAAAGGAGUUUGGCUCGUCUGCUAUAUCACCCAUAUCAUCUCUGACCAACGGGGUGUCCAACGUUACAGUCCAUCCCUCUGUUGUCUAGAAUCACCACUACCUGCUUCUAUAGACCCAUCGGAGUUGGAAAUACAUUCCUUAACAUCGUAACCAGCACGGUUUAACGUUUUCGUAGCUUCUACUAACAUCAUGAUCAAAGACAAACUCAUUACGAAUACGAGCCAUCCACAACCUUUAUAAGAUCUAAUACGAGUUUGUAUGUAUCAUCAGACUUGCAAAAAUACUCACAUCUCCCAUUCAUUACUAAAUGGUUUCUCAUUCAUAGAUUAUAUUGUUAAUUGACGGUAUUUCAUAAUAUUUAAUGGAUUUUGUAAUGUUAAAAAAAAAUCGAGUAGACUUGCUAGCUGGUCGAGCCUACUUGAUCAGUUUUUUUUGCUAAAUAUCAUGCAUCUAUUUUCACAUUCAGUUUUAGUUUGGUCUAUAUGGAUAACUGUUUGAUAUUUGCAAAGUUGCGUUUUCACAUAUAACGUGUGGAUAGACUCGCAUUAGAUUUUAUAGAUAAGCUUCAACACUUGUCAUCUCAUCAUUUUAUCAAAAAUAAACAACUGUCUCACCAAUAUAAUAGUUGUGACGUAGCAUGAGUAAGCACUAAUUACACCCACAAAAUGAGUAAGGACUAAUUAAUUGGUAUAAUUAAGUAAUUAUUUUUACUCAAUUAAUCCUUAACAAUUUAAAGCUAAAAUUAGCAUUUCUAGCUACAAAAUGAGUAAGCACUAAUAGUUGUGACUAUAUACAGCCUGUCAAAUCAUCACCACUAUUAACAUAAAUCUUUUUACCAUAUAGAAAACGUCAUUAUAUAUACAUCUGUAUAAACUGUAAAAACAUAAACAAAUAAACUAUUGUAGUCAUGACAAGGAAGAAGACAAAUCUUGCUUACAUUUCCGAUGUCUCGGCGAGAAAAAGAACACUGAAUCUUAGGAAGAAAGGACUUCUGAAGAAACUUGAUGAAAUCAAGACUCUCUGCGAUGUGGAUGCGUGUGCGGUCAUCUACAGUCCAUACAACCCAACACCAGAGGUGUGGCCAUCAAACUCGGAGGUGCAAAAGGUUAUGGACAAGUUCGAAAACUUGCCAGAGGAGAAGCAGACAAAGAGAUCGUUUAACCACGAAGAGUUUCUCAAUCAGACAAUCACAAAAGUCCAAAAUCAGGUUAAAAAAUUAAUUGAAGGUAAUAAUGAUAAACUCAUGGAGGAGCUCAUGUUCUCUUGUCUUAAUGGGAACAUGGGAGAUUUGGCUAUAGACGAUAGUAAUCGUGGUAACUUGUGUGAGUUUAUUGAUGGACAUCUCAAGAAACUUUAUCAUCAUAAAAACGUAUUCCUAAAAAAUACGCAUCUUGAGACCGGUGAAUCUUCCUCACUGGCUAUGGCCAUGGGCAUGCCACCAGUCGCUAUGGCUGAAGCGGGUUCUUCUUUCUUCAACUCUCCUCAACAAACCAAUGAGUCUCAGCCUCUAGUCACUUCAAACCAGGGACAAGAACAUAUUAGUUCUCAUGGAAACCAGUUUCUGAAUGUCCCAACCUUCAACUUUCCUCAACAACCCAAUGAAGUGAAGGGUACAGUCUCUUUAAACCAGGGGCUAGAGCAGGUUCCUUCACUUAACAACAACUUUAUGUGUGCAUCAAUCUUAAAUCCUCCUCAACUAACCAACGAGAUGCAGCAGCCCAUAAUAUUUUCGAACCAGGGAGCCAACCAUGUUGAUUCUCUUGCAAGUAAUCUCCUCCCAGUUAGCAACCAUGGAGUUAAUACUCAAGUUAUGAAUCAGGACGAAGUUUACUAUCCACUAAAUCAGCAAGAUUGGUACGUUAAGGAGAUGAUGGAACCAUCUCAGCCAACAUGCUUUCCUUGGAUGGAAGAAAAUCAUCAUUACAAUCACCGCCAGUUCUAAAGCAUCUUCGUCGAUCCGGUGGACGUAAUGCCAACAAUAUUCUUAUGUUAUCUUAUCCUUUUAGUUUUGAGUUUUCUAAGUUAUGUCUUAUCUGAUCUCAACUGUUAGUGCUAAAAUAUGAAUUCAGAUUAGAACUCUAGAGUCAUUCUAUGUUAUUUAUCUUGGGCAGCAAGUUGGCAAAACUAUGGGCAUUGUUUGCCUUUUUAUCUUGUUAUAUCAUCAUUAUGUGGUGGAGUUUCAA